GUUAUGUUUUUCUUGAUGAAAUUUGUUGGGUGUUUGAUAUUUUUGGUUUGGGUAUUUUUCAAUUAGUAUUUUUCGUUAGCUAAAACUGUUGCCGAAGAUGUUUUGCAAGUGUAUUUUCUUGUCAAUGUUUUUUACUUGCUUAUUGCUGGCUUGUUUAGGAAAUUGAGUGUUUGAUGAGAUUUGGGAAGUGAAAAUUUUGAUCUUAUGCCAUGAACUCUUUAUGGUUGAUUCAGUUGUUGGUUCUUGUAAUUUCUCAAAAAAUUUCUUAUUCUAUAGUUUGGCUUAGCUGAAAUGGUGGAAAAGGAAGGAUAUUUGAUUUUGAAGUUUCAUGCUUUUAUGUUGUUCUGGUUUUUUGAUAAGCAAAUAAACCUCAGUUUAAAAUUGAGUGACAUUUUCUGUAAAUAAGAUUUACGUAAUUGAGAUUCAUGUGUUAAUUUUUUUGUUCUUACCUAUGUUUUUCUAUUAAUGAAUGAUCCGUAUAAAAUAUGAUCCUUGUUCAUUGAUUUUCAUUAUUCAUUGCUUGUGGAUUAUGUCUUUGCAUAUGAGAAAUCAUAUAAAUUAGUUGAAACUGCCACUUCUAGUGCUUUCAGUGAAUUGUAUUAUUCUAUGUUGGUUAGUGUAAUGUGUCAAUGAUAGUCGUGCAGAUAUUUGUGAAGUUAAGACACGAAGAAGAGAAACAUGAUUCUUAAGUACAUACCACUAGAUGAAGGAAUGAUGAUAAUGGAUGAGGCGAUCGUGAAGGCGAAGAAGAUUGUUGAAGGGUACCCUGAAACAAAAUUCUCUGGAGAAGAAUAUCAGAGGUUCUAUGAAUGUGUUUAUUUCAUGUGCACCUACCAUAGCUCUAAUGAGAAAACAAUGCAGCUUUAUGAGAAAUUUAGAAACAGCUUGGAAGAGAGCAUCUUUUCAACGGUACAGCCAACCUUGAUGAAUAAACAAGGUGCAAAUUUGUUGAGAGAAUUCGGAAUAAUGUGGUCUAAUUAUAAGCUGAUGGCAAGAUGGUUAUGUAGAUUCUUUGAAUACCUUGAUCGCUUCUUUAUCCCUCAACAUAUUGAGCUUGAGUCACUAAAUGGCAUCUCAUUUAGUUGCUUCAGGGAUCUGGUCUUCAAGAAGUUAUAUUGUAGACUCGUUGAGGCAACAUUGACUUUGGAGCGUGAUGGACUACAGAUUGACUGGUUCCUGCUGAAGAAUGUCUUAGAUAUUUUUGUGGAAAUUAGUGACUAUAGAGGGGUUAACUAUUAUGAAGAUUUUGAGAAGAUCAUACUUACUGAAAUCUCUGGUUACUACUCUCGAUUAGCUUCAGAGUGGCUUCUGUAUGAUUCGUCGGCUGAAUAUGUUCAAAAGGUUUUCUGGUGCUUGAAUCGGGAGAAGCAAAGAGCUAGUCAGUACCUACAUCCUGACACAGAAGUUAAGAUAGUGCAGGUUGUCAGAUAUCAGUUGCUGGAUCAAAUUGCAAACAAAUUGAUGGAAAAAAAGCAAGCUGAGAAUUCUGGCGUGGUGACAGAUUAUCAGGAAAUAUUGUCCAAAUGUGCUGGCAUGACCCUUCAAGAGGGAAGCUCUUCAACAUCACCAGAAGAAUGGCUGUCGAAGUUAAUGGCAAGUUCAGCACAUAUAUGCUAAUUUCAUGUUGAAAGCUUUGUCAACAGAUGUUUGUACAAAUUACUCUGAUAAAAAUAUAGUGACCAAUAGCAGAGCUAGUGCUUCAACCUCUUUCAUUUUGUUCUUCUAAAGGCAAAAUUGAGCUUCAUCUGUUCAGUAGUUGAUUAGUUGAAUGAAAUUGAGACCGGAGGCCCUUUUCAUUUGCUGUAUGUAACCAAAAGUAAUGUUUUUGUUGAGAUUUUAUAAGCUGAGGGAAAAGUUAACUAUGCAUUGAGAAUGUGUAAUGACAAGUUGUUGGCCAUCCCAUUAUUUCACAGCAGGGCAAGAUUUCCAACUCAUCCAGAUUGAAAAUUUGCAUAUUAUUAAUGCAUAGUGACUAUUAUUUGAAUCCAGAAUGCAAUUUUUGCACGUCCAUAAGAAAUUCUAACCUAUAUAUAACGACAAACCGUAGAAUAUUGCAUGAUCUAUACUUGAAAUAAAGGAGAAAAGAGGAAUUUCCAUUGAGUCAACUUAAGGCAAGUUCAAGGAAGCUGGCUAGCCUUUGUGACGGAAAACUCCUUUUCAGCCGAAUAUGUCUGUUGACCUGUAAGACUUCUGUAUUUGCAAGCAACAAAAAUUGCUGCAGGUUUUCAUUGCAUCAAGUUUGGUUCAAUUUGCAAGAUUAUUUCUGAG